ACACACACACACACACAGCGAUCGGUUUAAGUCCCUCCUACUGGCUCGGCUGGGAGUGAAGGAGGAGGCGGACGCUGCUCACAGACCCGGACGAGCCCCCUUUACCGCCCUGUCAGUGUAGAGGAGCAGGAGAGAUACAGAGAGAGAGAGAGAGAGAGAGACAGAGGAAACACAUUAUCAAGAGUGAGUGAGAGAGACAGAGAUAGAAAGAGAGCGAGAGAGCGAGGAAACGCAUGCACAAGAGUAAGUGUGAGAUAGAGAGAGAGAGAGAGAGAGAGAGAGAGAGAGAGAGAGAGUGUGUGACAGAGAGAAAGAGCAAGAGGCAGGCUGCUGGGUGGAGUGAGAGAAGAGAGAGAGAGAGAGAGGGAGAGAGCGAGAGGCAAGGGAAGAAACAAGGAACACAUUUUACCAGAGCAGGAAGGAGAGGGAUCGCGGACGAGGGAGCUCUUCUCUGUCGAGCACCUAGGAUACCAGUCGUUGUGGCUUUUAUUUUUUAUUUUCCCACUAGAGAUUAGCUGGCGCUUGGCUCGUGCACCGGUCUCACGUUCGUUAGGAAGCAGCUUUCGUGUUUGUGGGUUUCAAUUUUUCUAAGGCUUAUUUUUUUGUUCUUGUUGUGGUUGCGGUUGGCUCUGCUCUCCGACGCACGUCCAACCCCGCCGGAGCUACAAACUGACACUGCUUGUUGUGCGGAGAGAUCCAGCGCUCAGCUUCUUGUCCCCUCUGCGAUCUCGUUUCUCCUCUUCUCUUCCCCCCCCCCCCCCCCCCCCCUCUCUUCCGCACGCAAAGUGCAUCCUCCGCCGUCGCUGAAGAAACCUCCCCGCGUCUCGCAGGACAUCCGCGCCGUCGCUGCUCAGCACCGGAAUCAGACGGCACCGCCACCAGACACGCGCGCGCCAGAGUCCAAGGGAAUUAAGGAAAAGAGGAACAGAGACGGACGGAUUUACGGACCUUGCCUCGUGUGUUGUUUGAGAAAGAGUGACAAGAGGACAGAUACAUUUAGGCAACACAUAGAGACUACAGCGAGGCAGUUUGCACAAGAGAAGUGGACCUACACCUCCUCUCUUGGAAUUCUCCUUGUCAUCCUCCACUUCCUCUCCUCCUCCUCCUCCUCUCUUCCUCCCAUCGCUGCCGCCGCUGUGCCGGUGUAAAGAGGUCUGCUUGUUUUUGUUCAACUGCCACCUGCAGCCUCCACCCCUUCCUCGUCUCUCUCUUUUACCCCUGCCUCUUCCUCAAACCUCCCCUUAUCUGGAAGCGCUGGACACUUCACUCACGCACACAGACACACACACACAAGCCCGCGCUGCACGCACGCCAGCACUGGACGGACAGCUUUGUGGGAAUCAAACACUCGCUCAAGGGGGAAUUAUAAAACUUGGGUCGUUUUUUGUUGAAAUUCCCUGUCGUUUCGGAGACUGAGUAGCCUUGUCAUCCGUCCUCUCCGGGAGCAGCACCUGAACGGGAACCGGUGAGACAGCGUUUGUCAAAACCCUCACUCACCCCUUCCCCCCCUCUCCCCUAGAGUCUCCCACUACCUCCCCCCUUCAUCCCGACCCCCACACGCUUGCUCUCUCUCUCCGUUUUAUCUCCACGGGACUGGCUAAGCGACAGCCGGAGCCGCGCGGAGACUGGGGGACAGCGAGAGAAGAAGAAGCACCCGAAGGAGACGAGACCGCGGAAGAGGAGCGGACCUCUGCUUCCCGCUGUAGCUGAGGCUUCGGGGGAAACGCUCGGUGCCAACCCUCCCCCCUUGUUCCUUCUUCUCCUCCUCCACCUCCUCCUCUACACCCCCCCCCCCCUCCUGAUAACCCGGCUCCUCGCCCCCCCCCAGCCCCCCCGCCCUCGGUGUCACCAUUCCCUGCCUCAGUGCUAAGGAUUCCAGCUACAUGGGCAAGCGAUUGGAGCAGCAGCCAAUGUACCCUCAGUACACAUACUAUUACCCCCACUAUCUCCAGACCAAGCAGCCCUAUGCUCCACCCCCCCACCCCAUGGCUCCUCCCAGCCCCAGCACCAACAGCUGCAGCCAGGGAGGGGCGGAGCAGCUGAGCAAGACCAACCUGUACAUCCGAGGCCUGCCGCCCGGGACCACCGACCAGGACCUCAUUAAGCUCUGCCAACCGUAUGGAAAAAUAGUGUCAACCAAGGCCAUCCUGGACAAGAACACCAACCAGUGCAAAGGAUAUGGCUUUGUGGAUUUUGACAGCCCAGCGGCAGCACAGAAGGCGGUGUCGUCUCUGAAAGCCACCGGGGUGCAGGCCCAAAUGGCCAAGCAACAGGAGCAGGACCCCACCAACCUGUACAUCUCCAACCUGCCCGUGUCCAUGGAUGAGCAGGAGCUGGAGAACAUGCUGAAGCCCCUGGGCCACGUCAUCUCCACGCGGAUCCUGAGGGACGCCAACGGGGUCAGCCGGGGCGUGGGCUUCGCCAGGAUGGAGUCUACAGAGAAGUGUGAAGUCGUUAUCCAGCAUUUCAAUGGAAAGUACCUGAAAACCCCGCCAGGCAUUCCAGGUUCUACUCCUCGCCUUACAGCAUCGCCACCAACCGCAUGAUCGCACAGACGUCCAUCACGCCCUUCAUCGCUGCCUCGCCUGUCUCCACAUAUCAGGUCCAGAGUACAUCAUGGAUGCCUCACCAACAGUACGUUAUGCAACCCACAGGGGCAGCGGUGCUAACACCAGCCAUGGACCACACCAUGUCCAUGCAGCAGGCCGGCAUGAUGGGCCCUCUGGCCCAGCAGAUGAACCAUAUGUCCCUUGGGACCACAGGAAGUUACAUGACUGCUUCAGCUGCCGCUGCUCCUAUGCAAGGGACCUACAUCCCCCAGUACACUGCUGUGCCUCCCGCGGCCGUCCCAGUCGAAGUAAGAGCCGCACGCACCUACACGGGCGUGGUGACUGACUCCUCCCCCCAGUCCGUGGCUCCAUCGUCACAGGAAGUGGCGGCGCAGCAGCAACAGAUCCAGGUGGACGGCACCAACGACCACGUUACCGCCUACUCCUACCAGUCUAAAUAACGGCAGCCUGUGAGAAUAUUCCUGCGACAGCGUUGCCUUGAGGCAGGAGGUGGGCUGCACUGAAAGUGAGCGAAGAAGAUAAAAAAGGAAAGAGAUUGCUUCCAGAUUGCCCAGACACCAAAAAAAAAGACACAUUUUUUUCAUUUCCUACCUGGUCUAUGAGCGAAGAAGAAAAAAAAAGAAAAAGAGAAAGCGAGCAAAGGCAAGAGAGGAAAACGAGUGAGGGAGCGGUGGAAGAUUACUGGGCACAGUGCAAAGGAGUGGAAUGGUUUUGUCUGGGAACCAGCCCGAAGGGGCUGAGGCUUGAAAAGUUUCUCAAAGAAAAUUCUCUGAUGAUAAAAAAAAUAAAAAAGCUUAGAAAAAAAAUACAUUUAACACAAAAAUCUCAAAAAAAAUAUGUUGACUGCGCAGGUAGGCGACAAGGUUUAUUUUGUAAUUAGAAAAAAAAGGGGAAGUCCUGUUUCCGAUACACACAGAGAUUGUCUUCCUCAGAUAUUAAGCUAUUUCUUUUCACUCUUUUUAUGUUGUAGUGUUACAUUUAGUUUUUCUAGAUAAAAACAAGUGUUGAUUUUUUUUUCUUAUGUAUUCUUUGGUUUUUCCGUUUCUCAAAUCUUCAUGGCCUUAAUUUGAAGGGCGCCAGAAACUUUUUUACAGAGUUUGACGUCUUGGUUGGAAACAAAAAAAAGAAAAAAAAAGCGAACAAACUCAGUCCCUUGUCAGCCCGAUGGGUGCAAGGAGCUAGAGGUCCACAGUGGAGGUUGAAAAAACAAACAGAAUCUAUCACAUAAGCUGUACAGAUUUAAUAGAGAAGAAGAGUUUUUUUCUUUCUUUGUUUCUUCGUUGGAAGAAAACUUUGAUAAUAAUUAUGUCAGAGUUAACUAAAUGUCAGAAGAAAAUCUAAAUGUCUGUUGGGAUGGGUGUUGGGGUGGGUAUGUUGGGGGCCUGGACGGGUGGGGUAAAGCUUUGAAGAGAUUUUUCACAAUGAGGGAAAAAAAAGAAAAUAUAGGAGUGCAAAUGUGCUGCAUUGUAGAGGAUGCGGUUUGAUCUGCAAACGCUGAAUGCUUUUUUUAAAUUGUCAUCAUUAUUAUUUUACAUGGCAAGGUUGCUGUCAUUGAUAUUAGCGCUUUUUAUCUGCGACAUUUUAUCUUUUUUUAUGAGCUUUAAGAUGUUUUUAGUCCGCUUUGCUUGUCUCACUGCAAACAGAAAAAAAAGAGAGUUAAAGAAUUAAAAAAAAAAUGAACAUACAAACAAAUAAAAAAGCUAUGGAAAAAAAGUCUGGCAGUAAAAAACAAAAACAAAACAAAAAUAGUAGAUAAAGUAGGAGCUUACAGUUUAAAAACCAAUCAGCGCAAAAGCAAUAGAAAGAAAUUGUUGACAAUUUCUGUAGUCUUUCCUAGUUGUGGAUCCAAUGCAGCCCAAGGAUGGCCAUUUUUAUACCAAAGAUGAAGAGACACUCUGAACAGAGUUUAGUUUUUUCUUCCUUUCUUUCCAUUUAGUUUGAUUUUGUUGUUGUUGAUGUUGUUGAUGUUGUUAAUGUUAAUGUUGAUAUUGUUGCUGCCGUUGCUAUUGUUGUCGUUGUUGUUUUUGAGUUGACAUUGAUGGCCGGACCAGUCCUUACUAUCCUCUUUAACAUUUACAUAUUUUUCUUUGGUUUUUACAGUUUUUAAGCAAAUUUUCGAAAGUUUUCCGAACAAUCACCUCACAAACACACACACACACACAGACACACACACACACAGACACACACACACACACACACACACACACACAGACACACACACACACACAUACACACACACACACACACACACACACACACACAUAACCUCAAACAGUAUUUGAAUGUGUGAUCAACCAGUUGCAGUUAACCAAACGUCCUUUAUUUUUUUCCCACGUCCAUUUUGCAUAGAUUACGACACUUGCUACACACGCCUCUACCUGUUAGAACCCGUCAUUGUCUCAACAUCGGGCUAUCAACACACAAGAACACUGAUUCAUAAACGCUAAUGGGUCGAUGACCUGUGGCUCUGUGCUGGCGCCGUAUGUCCUGUAUCGCUCGUAGAAUAAAACCGAUCUAGC